AUGCAUUUCUCCCUCACCACCGUCCUUGCCUUCGCGGCGUCUGCUUCUGCUUGCUAUGGAGGAGGCCAGGCCUGGGGCAACAUCAGGCUUGAGGCUGUUGAGUUCAAUGGUGGCGAAAACAAAUACGGCUGCAAAAACAUGGGCGGGGGCGUGAGGGUGAAUUUUCGCAUGAGAAACGGAGAUGACGGCGGUCCUCGCCGUACACUCGACUAUGCCACCUGCAUCCAUUUCCUCAAGAACCCAAUCACGAACUGCAACUUUGGCGGUGAAGACAAUCAGGGUGCUUGGAGGCCUCGCGCCGACCCCAACGUCGGCAACUGCUAA